AUCAGAUCAGGUAGCUCAAGUCAUUGAAGUUUCUUUAAUUCGAGAGUCUCUCAGCUCAGCUCCACACAGAAAAAAAUAAAAAUGGGUUUUGCUUUGAAAGGUUUUGGUGAAGUCCUACUCAUCACCUCCAUUAUGGCCGCCGCCGCCGCCUUGCCAAACGACGGUAACCCCAAUUUGGUGAACGCUACAUUGGUUAAGGCCGACAAAAAAGCAGUUUGCUUGCUCGGGAAUCCGGCAGCUUACUUUCACGCGCCGGGAUAUGGUAAAGGGAUUCAAAAUUGGAUUGUUUAUCUUCCGGUGAUAUGGAGAUGGGUUGAUCUUCUGAAGGCGCGGCGAGAGGUGUCACUGGUUGAUCUUCUGCGCAUGCUUGAUCAUCCGGAGGAUUUUCUACGAGCUGUGAUUCUUCCAUUCUUGGUUUUUAGUGUUUUGUUUGUAAUGAGAACUUCUAUUUGUAGAUGUAAUCUGGAGGGAAUUGUAAUGUUUAGGAGGGAAAUGUAAUGUUUAGGAGGGAAAUGUAAUGUUAUUUUAGGCUGUAAUAUGAAUUCAGAGUACUGUAGAUGAACUGAUGGUUCUACAGUACAUGGAUGAAUUCAGUUAAAUUCUAGCUCAUGAAGUUUCCCUGCACUUGCCAUACGAGCUGUACUCUUUUUUUACCACGCCUCCCCAUUAAGGGUAUUU